CAAACCGUAAUAUCGCGAUCAUAAUAAACGCAUGUGAGAGGAGGAAUGUUGCGUCUUGCAAGCAAGCUCUUUUCGCCACUCUCUCAUUCGCUCUCCCUCAAUCUUUGCGGAACGGGGAAAUCCUCUUCACGUGUAAUUCAUACGCUGUAAUACCGGCAACUUCCGCCCGCAUCUCGGCUCAUUCUUCAGCUAAACACUGCUGACUUACAAAGCUCAUUUUGCUUGGAUGUCAUUGACUUUUGAGAAAAGUUUGGUUGGUGAACUGGGAAGGAAUUCCAAAUUUCAUGAGCUCUCAGAGAACGCAUUAAUUACUACAAGUGGAUUUGAAAAAAGCCGUAGCAAAUUUUGUCUCCUUGAUCUGAGCGAGCCUCCGAGAAUAUAGUAUAUUCAUCUUUUUUUUGAGCAACACACAUCGUAACAUGGCGUUUAUAUACUCCAUUUGGACUUUCGUUGUCCCCGUUUGUCUCCUGUACCUGAUCAAGAAACUUUGGUACUGGUAUAUAGUCAGCAAGAGUGACCCGAACUGCUCGGCGCCUCUUCCUGGCGGAUCUAUGGGUUGGCCGAUCAUCGGAGAGACCUUUCACGUGCUUUUCCAGGGACCGUCGUUUUACGAGAAAAACUUUGCAAAAUUUGGACGAAUCUUCAAGACGCACCUAUUUCUCAACCCCACUGUUCGAGUUUACGGGAAAGAUAAUAUCGCCAAGAUCCUUCAAGGGGAGAAUGAUAUCGUGACUUCAACGUGGCCAGCUUCAACCCGUCUCAUCCUUGGGGAAGACACCCUCGCCAUGGCACAGGCCGAGGAACAUGCAUUCAUGAAGAAAAGGGUUUAUGUAGCCUUUUCACACUCGGCUCUCAGUGGUUAUGUCUCUAUGAUUCAGAAACCAGUCAGAACGGCCAUUGAGAAGUGGUGUCAGUCUGAUGAGGUGCUAGCCAGCAAUGUCUUGAGACAUCUGUCAUUCCGUGUUGCUGCUGAUGUUAUCUGUGGCUUCCGUUACACUGACGAGGACGUGACAACGCUCUGUCAGAAGUUUGAUGAAAUCAUGAAAGGCAUCAUGACAAUCCCUUUCGAUUUGCCCUUCUCAACAUUUAGAAAGGCCCUGAAGGCUCGGGACUUCAUCAAACAGAACCUGGACGAGAAUGUGAUGCGCAAGGCUAACCUAGAUCCGGAGGAAGACACCCAAGAUGCCAUGCGAAUCCUGAUCAACCUCGCCAAUAAAUCAGACUGCAAUACUUCCAAGGAAGGCUUGUAUGAAGCCAUCAAGAACCAAACGAUUGAGUUUUUGAUAAGCGGUAUGCUGUCACUCAGUUCUGCAGCAAGCACCAUGCUGUACCACCUAGCCAGGAAGCCAGAGGUCCUAGCCAAGGUUCGGGAAGAGCUGAACCAGUAUGGCCUGCUGACCGACUACACCCCUCUAACCCUUAACAAGAUCAACCAAUGCCACUAUGUCAUGCAAGUCAUCAAGGAAUCUUUAAGAAUGGUCCCUCCCAUUGGUGCUACCUUCAGGACUGCUCUCAAGACCUUUGAGUUAGAUGGCAAGCAAGUUCCCAAGGGUUGGACCGUAUUCUGGAGUAUCCGGGAGACCAUCCACUUAUCAAAUUCCUUCACCAACACCCACGAAUUUGAUCCUGAUAGAUUCUCACCUGAACGCAGGGAGGACAAGGUUGCUGGUCGCUUCUCCAUGCCCGUCUUUGGCCAUGGCACCCACAGCUGUAUCGGACAGAACUUUGCACUUCUCACGUUACGCAUCUUGCUUAUCGAGUUGGCGCGCACCUGUGACUUUGAAACACCUAAUGUAGAGAAGAUUAAAUUUGCAUGGCUGCCGUCCCCGAAACCCAAGGGUGGUAUGCCGACGCGGUUCACACGGAAAGUUAUGGUGGAUCAAAAUGAGAAUGAGGUCUGCUACUCUAAGUCUUCGAUAUCUCAGGAUGAUGAGGGUCCAUCAGGAGAUGGUGUCCAUCAGAGAAGUGCAACGUGUCAUGCAGCAUGAAGACAUUCAAAAUUGGACAUUGUAUUUUGAGAAGAACUGGACAUUUACACGCACAAAGCUCUGAUCCUAGCGAACACCUUUGAAAUGAAUAAAUGAUGACGC